UGUGAGAGCGAGAGCGAGAGAGAGAGCUUGUGUGCUUGUGUGCUGCUCCUGCUAAGUUUACUUUGGUACUGCUACUGCAACCCGCCAACCCGCCAACCCGCCCGCUGCUGGAUGCCCCGCCAUCCGCAUCCGCCGCCCGCUCCCAACCUGACUUGACAGAUCCUGCCUCUCCCACCUCCCACCUUCGUCGUCGUCGCCCUCGACCUCGAAUACACAUCCGCCCCCCAUAUCGCCAUGGAUCCCGCCGCCGUGAGGUCCUUGCUAGCUGCCAGCUUGGAUCCCGAUGCCGACAACAGACGGCGCGCCGAGCUGCAGCUAAAACAGAUCGAGGAGCACCCCGGUUUUCUCGAUUGUCUGCUCGACAUCCUCCAGGCCGAGCAGGAUGCCAGCGUCCGCCUCUCCACCGUCAUCUACGUAAAGAACCGUGUCAAUCGCUCCUGGUACAACGCGGACUCGUACACGGCCGAGAACCCCACCACCCUCAUCGCCGAAGACGAAAAGGCGCGCGUCCGAGACCGCCUCCUGCCCAUCCUCGCCGCCUCCGAGGGCCUGGUCCGCCAGCAGCUCAUCCCCGUCCUCCAGCGCAUUCUUCAAUAUGACUUCCCCGCCCGAUGGCCGCGGUUUAUGGACUUCACCCUCGAGCUCCUCAACACAAACACCCCCAGCUCGGUCCUCGCCGGUCUGCAAUGUCUGCUCGCCAUCUGCCGCGCUUUCCGCUACAAGUCGAAUGACAGCGAUGACCGCGGACAUUUCGACAACAUUGUCGAGGCCAGCUUCCCCCGCCUGCUGGCCAUCUGCAAUGAGCUGGUGAACCAGGAGAGCGAUGAGGCCGGUGAGAUGCUGCACCUGGCCCUCAAGGCCUACAAGCACGCAACCUGGUUGGAGCUCGCUCCCUUCCUGCGACAGCACGACGUCACCAUCGCCUGGUGCACCGUCUUCCUCCAGACCGUCUCCAAGACUUGCCCCGCCAAUGCCAUGCAGGGUGACAAUUAUGAUCGCGAGAAGCACCACUGGUGGAAGGCCAAGAAGUGGGCUUACUUCAACCUGAACCGCCUCUUUAUUCGACACGGUAACCCCGCGAGCCCCGGCAAGGGCGACGAAGCCCUCCAAUUUGCCAAGGACUUCACCUCCAAGAUCGCUCCCGAGAUUCUCAAGCACUACCUGCAAGAGAUUGAGAAGUGGGUGGCCAAGACGUCCUGGCUCAGUCGCCCCUGCUUGUCUUAUACCCUCGUCUUCCUCGACGAGUCGGUGCGGCCCAAGGAGAUGUGGGUGCAUCUGAAGCCGCAUCUGACCAACCUGGUCACUCACUUCGUCUUCCCCGUCCUCUGCCUGACUGAGGAGGAUAUCGAGAAGUUCGAGGACGAGCCCGACGAGUACCUCCACCGAAAGCUUAACUACUUCGAGGAGGCAUCCGCUCCUGACGUUGCCGCCACCAACUUCCUGGUCAACCUGACCAAGAACCGCCGCAAGGAGACCUUUGAGAUUCUCACAUUCGUCAACGCCGUUGUCAAUGAAUACGAGCAGGCCUCGGAUGACAAGAAGAACCACAUUGCCAAGGAGGGUGCUCUGAGAAUGAUCGCCACCCUUGCCCCCGUCAUCCUCGGGAAGAAGAGCCCCAUCGCCGACCAGGUCGAGUACUUCCUCGUCCGCUACGUCUUCCCCGACUUCACCAGCUCACAGGGCUAUCUCCGAGCCCGUGCCUGCGACACUAUUGAGAAGUUUGAGCAGCUCAACUUCCAGGACCAGAACAACCUCCUCACCAUCUACCGUCACAUCCUGGACUGUAUGGCUGACCCGGCGCUCCCCGUCCGUGUCACCGCCGCCCUUGCUCUGCAGCCCCUCAUUCGCCACGAUGUCAUUCGCACCAGCAUGCAGCAGAACAUCCCGACCAUUAUGCAGCAGCUGCUUAAGCUGGCGAACGAGGCCGAUAUCGAUGCCCUGGCCAAUGUUAUGGAGGACUUUGUCGAGGUCUUUGCCACUGAAUUGACCCCCUUCGCCGUGGCCCUGAGCGAGCAGCUUCGCGACACUUACAUGCGAAUUGUCCGUGAGCUUCUCGAGAAGGAGAGCAAGGUUGGCGAUGAUGGCGAAGUCUACAACGAGUACGACGAUAAGAGCAUCACCGCCCUUGGUGUUCUGCAGACCAUCGGCACUCUGAUUCUUACCCUCGAGAGCACCCCCGAUGUCCUACUUCACAUCGAGGCUGUUCUCAUGCCCGUCAUCAAGGUUACCCUAGAAAACAAGCUCUAUGAUCUCUACAACGAGGUUUUCGAGAUUAUCGAUAGCUGCACUUUCGCUGCCAAGGCCAUUUCCCCCACCAUGUGGCAGGCCUUUGAGCUCAUCCACACCACCUUCAAGGCCGGCGCCGAGUACUACCUGGAGGAUAUGCUUCCUGCACUUGAUAACUUUGUCCAGUUUGGUGCUCCUCAGCUGGCCCAGAAGCCCGAGUACACCCAGGCUCUCUACUCGAUGGUCGCUGAUAUGUUCACGGAUAGCAUCCAGGGAGGCGUCGAGAGGAUAUGUGCUUGCAAGCUGGCUGAGGCCAUGAUGCUCAGCCUGCGUGGCCAGAUCGACAGCUGUGUCGAGGGCUUCAUCAACAUGGCCAUGAACAUUCUGGCCAGCCAGGACGUCAAGAUCAAGAGCUACCGCAUUCACUUGAUGGAGAUGGUCAUUAACUCCAUCCACUACAACCCCCUUCUCACCCUCCAGGUCCUUGAGACCAAGGGUUGGACCAACCGCUUCUUCAGCCUGUGGUUCGGCAGCAUGACCUCCUUUACUCGCGUCCACGACAAGAAGCUCUGUAUCGUGUCCAUCUCUGCUCUGCUCAACCUCAACCACGAGCAGGUUCCCGCCAGUGUCUCGGUUGGUUGGCCGCGAUUACUCCAAGGCAUCACCGAGCUGUUCCGAACUCUCCCCAAUGCCAUGAAGAACCGCGAGGAGGCUCUCCGAGAUGAUUUCCACCUCGAGUCCACCUACGACUAUGGUGAAGAGGACGAGUGGGAUGACGAUGAGGCCAACUGGAACGCAGAAGAGGAGUCUGCCGAGGGCGAGACCGGCGAGUCCAAGGACGAAAGCACCGCUUACCUGGAAUUCCUGAAUGAGGAGGCCCAGAAGUUCAGCCGUGCGAUUGAUGAUGUUGAGGAAGAUGAUCUCGGCGAGGACAGCGUCCUCCUCGAGUCUCCCCUUGACAAGAUUGAGCCUUAUCAGCUCUUCCGCGCUACCCUGUUGAAAAUGCAACAGGAGCAGCCCCAGUUCUAUGCCACCCUGGCUGGUCACCUUUCUGCCGAUGAUCAGACUGUGAUCCAGGGCGUCAUGGUCAAGGCUGAUGAGGUCGCUGCCCAGCAGGCUCAGGCCCUCGCUGCUCAGCAGGCUGGUCUUACUGGCGCCCCUGGUGCCGUUAAUGGCGGUGCCAGUUAAGUUAGUUAUCAGCGAUCAACGACAGGAGAAUGAGUGGCAGGAUUCGUUUACCCCUUUUUAUAUCCCCU